AUCAGCACGUCAUCGAUUGAUGACGACGAAGGCACGCGAAACUUGUGCUAUUUUAUAUUCUAUUGGGGUCAAACGGAACGCAGCUGCGUCUUCGAAACUAGAACGGGCGUCGGAAGCGUCAGGGACGAAAAAAUAAGUCAUAGUUUUGCGUCGAGCUACGCUCGAAGAACUACUACGACCGUAACGCAAAAAGCUCCGUUAAAAAAAACGUUUAAGAUUCCCACGCAGCUCUAUCGUCUCGGUGCCGCGCAAACAAUUGCUAAUACUUUGCGGUGAAACCCAAUUCUGCCAGUUUACAAAAACGUAUCGCCGAGAUUAGCGACGCUGCUAAAAUUACCGCGGUAUGUGGAUGUUACAAAAUACGUGAAUAAGUAUUGAAAUCCACCAACGGGGUUAUAACACUGCCGGGAUAAUGGGUAUAAGAGAUGUACCGGUCAGGUUCUGGAUAGCUGUAACAAUCUUUGCUACUUCAUACGUCAGUAACACUAUUAGAUUUAAUAUGGCGGUCAGUAUUAGGCACAUGGCGAACAAUUUUGAAGAGGAUAACAGUACCUAUGACGCGCUGUCUGUUGACGGACUAAACAAUACCACGAAUUCCACAACAGAUGUAAGAUACCAAAAGCAAGAAUUUCCUCGACAAAACUGGACUACGGAUAUCCAGAAUCUUAUUCUGGAUUCUUACUUUUGGGGGUACGUGGUGUCCAGCGCCCCCAGCGGCUUUAUAGCGGAGUGGUUCGGUCCGUACUACACUGUAUUGUACGCUCUGAUCCUAUCGGCUUUCUUCAACUCGCUCUGUAUCAGGGCAGCGCCUUGGCACUUCGUGCCUUUGAUUUUGUGCCGUUUUAUAUUGGGACUAUUAUCUGGGAGCAUAUAUCCGUCGCUACAAUGUCUGAUAUCGCGUUGGGCGCCACAUUCAGAGAAGGGCAGAUUUGUAAGCGCGCUCAUGGGAAACGCAUUAGGGAUAUGUGUUUGUUACACUCUAGUAGACGUAGUUAAUACUUCGAUAGACGUCGAAUGGGGCCUUCAUUUUCUCUCUAUUCAAAUAGCCGUGUUUUGCCUGAUUUUCGGUCUCGUCGCAUCAGACGGUCCUUCGGACCACAAGUGGAUCUCCGACGACGAGCGCAAACUGAUAAAAGAUAAUACAGACAUCUCCGUCCCAUUGGGCAAGUACGUGCCUCCAUAUUUAAAAAUACUCACAUCCGUGCCCUUUUGGGCAUUGUGCGUUUGUCAGUUCGGCGACCUCUGGGGAUUAUAUUUCCAAGCUACGUGCAUGCCGAAAAUAUUCCACGGAAUUUUUGGAUUCGGCUUUAAGACUUCCACAGCUCUAGCCAUGACGCCUUACUUAUUUAGAAUGAUUUUUGGAAUCGCUUUUGGUCACGUCUGCGAUCGAGUCGAGUUCAAGGGAGCUUGGUCCAAAGACCACGUCAGAAAACUAUUCAUUUUGUUUUCGCACAUUGUACCUGGAAUAGUGAUAAUGUUUACGAUACUCGCGGCAAGUAGUUACGCUACGACUUUGGCCGUUUUAAUUCUGAGUAUGGCGUUCAACGGCGCCGCAGUUGCAACUAAUCUCAGAAACGUCCAUGAUCUCUCCCCGAAUUUCGCUGGUCCCCUCUUUGGCGCCGUGAACUCUCUUGGCAGCACCGCAGGAUUUUUAACACCUCUGGUGCACUCAACGCUUACCCAUGACAAUAGGGAUCACUGGAAAUGGAACGGCGUGAUCGCUGGUUGUAUCUAUAUUCUGUGUGGCCUGUUUUUCAUUGCCUUUGGAACCUCCCAAGCUCAGCCGUGGAACGAGUUAUCAGGGAGAAACUCUGAGGACGCCGCCAUUUUUGAUAACGGAUCAGAUGAACCUAGAGUUGGCCCUUCUAGACAAGUAGACGAGAGGAGUCCUUUGAAUGCUUAGAAGCUUUUUUUCUGAGUUGUUUAUCAAUAUUUUCUUAUUUUUUUAAAUCAUUUUUUGUAAUAGCUGUACUUAUUUUCUUUGUGAGUUGUUUUUAUUACAUUUUGUUUAUUUUUAAUUAAUAAAAUAGAGGAAAAAAG